AUGCCGAGCCUGGAUGUGUUGCUGGAGGGGCAGCAGGCCAAAGCCUCCAGCCGACGGGUGGCCGGUCAAGAGAUCCUUAGGCACCCCUGUCAAACGGCGGCCGGGGUCUUCUGGGCCCUGCUGCCGGUCGACGAGGCGGGCCGCGGUCUGGGUCGCUGGUCCGAGGCGGUGGACUACUACGGGCGAGCUGCACAGCUGGCUCCCAACUUCUCAUUCGCAGCGGCUAAUCGAGCUGUGGCGCUGUUUGAAAUCGGCCGGACUGAGGAAGCGAUACGUGAAUUCCGCGCCCUGUUGCGGCGCUAUCCGGACUUCAACGACAUGCGAGCCGCGCUGGCGGGGGCGCUGUGGUCCAUUGGCAAGGAGGGCGAGGCGGAGAGCCAGUGGGCCCGUAUGGACGAUCCUCGUUAUCGGGACUUUUCCUGGCUUCGUCGAAACCGUCGCUGGCCACCUCGCCUGGCGGAUUCCCUCCAGGCCUUUUUGGAGCUCAAGUCCGUCCCGGCGGGACCCGGGGUGGCGGGAGUAUCUGCCUGGCUGACUUCCGAGAACGCAGUCGCGCUUCUGAGCACGGGCCUUCCAUCUAAACUUGGACAGGAGCUCGCCCGCGGAGUUGACCCCAAUCAGGCGCUCGAAAUCCCAACGCUUGAGGCCCUUAACCAGCCCCGCGCCGCGCUACGCAUCGAAUGGCGCGGGGUGCCGGAGGAGGAGCGAGCAGCGUUCCGAAGACUGCACCAGGAGCUCCUGCCGGCGCCGAGGACCGCCAACCACGCAGCUUGCGCCGCGGCAUUAGAAGCGAAUUGGGGCUGGGACGAGAGCUGGGACGACGUUUUGCCGGAGCCUGAGACCGCCGCCGCCGGCAGCGGUGGCGGCAGCGGUGGCGGCAGCGGUGUGGCAGCGUCAGCGGCGCUGGCUGAUGCCCGGUGGCCCCUGCUGCUUUUGGCAUGUCUCCUGUGCCAUAGCCCCUUGCAGCUGGAGCGGUUGCUGAAGGCGGGAGCUGGUCAGUACCUGUGA